AUGGAUCCAAAGCAAAAGCCACUCAAUGACACAAAAGAAAAGAAGAGGUCUGAUGAACCUCCAAAAUAUCCAGGAUUCAUUCUUCAGGCAAAAAGGAAUAAAGAAUCUAAACUCCGUUCAACAUCCCUUUCGUUGGAUGGCCUCUUAGACUAUACUGCCAAGGAUAUAGAGGAGUCAGUAUUUGAGCUUUCUUUGUUUGCUGAGUCAUUCGGUGAAAUGCUUCAACACAGAAUGGGUUGUGUUAUCCUGUCUUUUCUUGAGAAACUGUACAGGCGUUAUGUUGCGAAGAGGAAUCAACGUAAACGCCAAAGAGAGGAAGAUCUAAAGAAAGAAGAGAAGAAAUCCUCGGAGAAGCGAUCCAAGACUAAUCAUGAGACUAUAACUGAAAGUGUUGAUAAUCCAGGAGGCAGUGUUAAAAUAACAAAAGAGGGUGAAGAAAAGAUGAGCACAGAUCAAUCAGCAAAUGUCCAUGCUGAACUGUCAAAAGAGGGUCAGAUAAAACUUGGCACCGAUCAUCCAAUUGCUAACCAUGGUGAACCAGCAAAAGAGGGCGAUGAAAAUACGAGCACUGAUCAUUCAGAGGCUGUUCUUGAUAAACCUGCAGCUGAUGCAAAUAUGGAGGAGGAAGAUCCUGAAUACGAGGAAGAUCCUGAAGAAAUAGAAAUAUAUGAAGAUGAUGAGGACAUGGAUGAUGCUCAUGCUGAAGAACAGAUUGCAGAGCAGAAUGAGAACACAAACGACAGAGAGGUGAAGCCAGAAGAAGUAGCGACAGCAGAUGGUGGAAAUAACAAAAGUACAACACAGCUUGAGGUAGAAAAUAUUACUAAUAUCCAUGAAAGAGCUGCUUCAAUAGAGGAAAAGCAGUCCGUGGCAGAGAAAGGAGAUUCGGUGGAAGGUGGAGAAAAGGUAGUCAGUAAGGAGGUUAAGCCAGCAAAAGAUGAGGUGGUCGACAAGGACCUAUUGCAGGCCUUUAGGUACUUUGACAUAAAUAGAGCAGGAUAUCUCAAGGUGGACGAUUUAAAAUGUAUUCUUCACAACUUGGGGAAGUUUUUAUCAAGCAGGGACGUGAAGGACUUGGUUCAAAUUGCUCUUGUUGAGAGCAAUUCUGCAAGGGACAAUCGCAUAAUCUAUCCAAAGCUUGUGAAGAUAGCUGACCUGUAA